UUUUGUUUCCGGGUCUUGGCGCGCUUUGGCGGAACGCAGUUAGCAUUUUUAGCAUGUUUGGAUGUGUUAACGUGCUACGAUCUGAGUGAAGAUGUUAGGAAAAUGUAAAUAAGAGAAAAGGCUUCAGAGUUUAGUUCUCUGUUCUUUGACUCUACGAUCUGUGGAAAAUGUCCAGAUUUCAGGAACUUAAAGAUUUAUUCAAACAGCGGCUGAUAAAUGCGGCUCGCGGUGAUCUGUUUGGACAUUUCGAGAGAUCGAUAUCUGGAGUUGAAAAGGAGAUCGAUCACAAACGGAAACUGCUGGAUAUGGUUUUAAACCCCGACAUGAAGCUGCAGAGAGCAGAGCGUCCUGCACACGUCCAGCAGCCGUUGGAGAGUAAAGAAGAGGUUCCCCCUGAGCAGCAGGAGUGGAGCUCCAGUCUGGACCAGGAGGACCCAGAGCCCCCACACAUUAAAGAGGAACAGGAGGAACUCUGGACCAGUCAGGAGGGAGAGCAGCUUCAAGGUCUGGAGGAGGCUGAUAACACCAAGUUUACAUUCACUCCUGUCCCUAUGAAGAGUGAAGAUGAUGAAGAGAAACCUCAGUCCUCACAGCUUCAUCAAAGACAAACUGAACAAACAGAAGCUGAUGGAGAGGACUGUGGAGGAUCAGAACCAGAUCCAGAUAGACAUUUACAACCUGAUACUGAUGACAAGACUUUAGACUUUUCUGCGACUGAUACUGACGACAGUGAUGAAUGGAAGGAGACGAGCGAGCCUCAGCCAGGUUUAAAGUCUCCUACGAGUUGUAACACUAGCAAGAAAUCAUAUAGCUGCUCUGAGUGUGGUAAACAAUUUAGCAAAAAGGGAAACCUGAUCAUACACCGGAGAAUCCACACCGGGGAGAAACCUUUCAGUUGCUCAGUUUGUGGUAAAUCUUUUACUCAAAAAUCAGUUCUGGACUACCACCUGGACACUCACACAGGAGAGAAAUCAUUCAGUUGCUCAGUGUGCAGUAAACGUUUUAUUCAAAAAGCAAAGCUGUUGUACCACAUGAAAACUCACACAGGAGAGAAACCGUUUAGUUGCUCAGUUUGUGGUAAAACAUUUAUACAAAGAGGAUAUCUAACAUACCACAUGAAAACUCACACAGGAGAGAAACCGUUUAGUUGUUCAGUCUGUGGAAAAAAAUUUAUAUACAGGGCAUCUAUAACAUAUCACAUGACAACCCACACAAGGGAGAAACAGUUCAGUUGCUCAGUUUGUGGUAAAAGAUUUGUAUUCAAGGAGUCUGUUAGGACACAUAUGAGAAUUCACACAGGAGAGAAACCCUUCAGUUGCUCAGUCUGCGGUAAAAGAUUUGUAUGCAAGGGGUCUCUUACAGCACAUAUGAGAAUUCAUACGGAAGAGAAACCCUUUAGUUGCUCAGUUUGUGGUAAAUCCUUUACUCAAAAAUCAGGUCUGGGCAUGCACCUCAAAACUCACACUGGAGAGAAACCAUUCAGUUGAUCACUUUGUGGUACAAAAAGUACAAUUUAGCUGUAGAGUAAAGUCAGAGUAAAGUCACAGCUCCAUCACCAAAGCCUCCCCAUGAGAGAAGAAGAAACCACUGAUUUCCUGCCUUUUACCCUCUGAAGGCCCCACAUAUAUAAGGAUAAUGUAUGACAACAUUUAGUAGCUCUGAUCGACAAAAUUGAACCCAGGACUGGGUGUCCAGAUGGUCACACCCUGCAGAUGGACAUGAACACACAUUUAGUUAGCUAAUUUUUGUGGGGAAGGAUUUGCAACACAAGGAGAUCUGAUAUGACGCAUAUCCGUCCAUACAGAAGAUAAACUGCACAGUGAGCAUUUUACAGAAAGAGGAAGUCUGAGCCAACACAUGGCAUCACAUUCAGAAACACAUGCCAGAAAAAUAGACUAUCAGUAGUGCAGCAAACCAUAUAUAGUUGCUAGUAUGGCAAGCGUGAUCAUACACUGGAGAAUUCACACAAGGGAGAAACCUCUCAGUUGCUCAGUUUGUGGUAAAAGGUUUGUUUGCCAGGCGUCUCCUGGGAAACAUAAUAGAAUACACACAAGAGAAAAAAAACCCUUUAGUUGCUUAGUUUUUAGUAAAUCUUUUACUCAAAAAUCAGGUCUGGACAUCCACCUGAAAACUCACACUGGAGAGAAACCAUUCAGUUGCUUAAUAUUGUAGUUUAAGAGGAAUUAUGCAACAGAUGGUAUUCCACUCAGGGAUAAAACCAUUCAGCUGCAGUGACUGACAAAACAUUCUCUCGGCUGCAGGAAAGUAAAACUGGCUUUAAUGGAAAGGACUAUGGAAGAUCAAAACAAGCCAAGACAUUGGAUCCUUAUAGACCUUCAAAACCAGAUACUGAUGACAAGACCUCAGACUGAUCUGAACCCAACAAUGAUGACAGUAGUUUUUGGACGCGGAUGAGAAAAAGUCAGAUUUAAACUCUAUGAAAAGUGACAUUGAAAGUGAUGCUGACAAGGCUUCAGAGUCUUUUAACCUUCAUAGUGAUGACAGUCUUGACUGAUUUUUGGAAGGACUCUAAAAAAUAAUGGGGAAUGAAACAACUUGGAAACCUCACUUUGAGUUUCUUACUAUUACUUGAACUAGAUAUGUAAACGUUUCUGUUUGAUUCAACCCAAAUUGGGCUUUUAUUUUGUUGUAAUAAAGGAAGAAUGUUAUUCAUUUUUAUCUGUUUUGGAUUGGAUGGUGACUCCGUGGAUAUACAUACAUUAUACUCACUGAUGUUGAAACGGGAUCCUGCCUACCAUUCAUCUUAUUUUGAAUGUUGUAUCACAUGUUCAUCACUGUGAUCUGUACAGGUUAACACAGUGGACCUCACUAAAACAUCGGGGAACAUUCAUCUGAUUUCUGGUGGUUCCUCUGCAGAGGACAAUAAAACGAAAACUUGAAACUUU